AUGAAAUCACUUUCCUGGGAGGAAAGGGGCAUACGUGUUGAUGGAAGAUUUCUCUCGAACCUUCGUUUUGCGGACGACAUCGUUCCCUUUUCGAGCAGUACCAAUGAAGCAGAAGCGAUGCUCAACGAAUUGAACGAAGCAGGGAAGAAAAUAGGACUACGAAUAAACAGAAAGAAGACACAGUUCAUGAAGAACGCCCACUGCGAGGACGGAGGAGUACAACUUGAAGGCUCCGGAAUCGUGGAAACUCCGUCAUACGUUUACCUCGGACGUUCUAUAAACAUGGAAAACGACUUGAAGGAAGAACUGAAUAGAAGAAUGAGAGCAGCAUGGGCAGCAUUCGCACUCGUCAGGGAAGCUGCGGGCCAAAUGACGGACCAAGAUCUUCGUGAGCAUCUGUUCGGCUCGACAGUUCUUCCAGCGCUCUGUUACGCAGCGGAGACGCGGGCAGGCACCGCGGCCACGUCUGGGAAGCUACUUACUAUCCACAGAGCCCUUGAGAGAUGUUUUCUUAACCGGCGCACACAACACCUGGCCGGUCUUGGCCACUUCGACUUAAGAGGAAUGUCCCGUCUUCGCGACCCAGCGGAAUAUGUAUCGGAAGCAAAACAUAGAUGGGCCGGUUACAUCAUGAGAAGAAUUGACAAUAAAUGGUUUAAAAGAACGCUAGAGUGGAUCCCAAGAGAUGCUAAAUGCCCUCGUCAACGUCACUCACAAAACUUGAGAACAUCUUGGAUGACAAUGGCGAGGGAAUGA